GCUGUACAGGAGCGCAAAAAGCCAAUCCUGCCGAAACUGAACCUUCAUCCCAAACCACUAUCAAACAAAAACCAUGGCAGCAGCAGCAUCUCCCAUAGCGUCCAACGGGGCCCCUCGGCACGAUAUCUUGACACAAACAACCAGUACCGCACAAGGACAACAAGCAUCAGGUGGAGGGUCAGUUGCACUUCAAAUUCAGCCGGAAUCCCCGGCGGUACCGGUGGUGGGCAACGAGCAUGAAGCCCAACUACCCAGCGGCACCCCCAGCGAGGGGCCAGAUAAAACUGACCCGAAACGCAAAAGGGAUACCGAAAGUCAGAUGCCUGGGCAGCAGCCACCAAAGGCAAAACGCCAACGAUCAGCGCUGAAGCCUACGAACGAUGUAUACCCUCUGGAAGAAUCCACGAAGUCAUCGAAAAAGUCUAAACCGACUACCCCUGACGAUUCCCAGACUCCACCUCCUGAUCUCGCGAACGCCGUAUAUCUAUAUCCCGACGAUGAUAAUCCUCGCACCGAUGUCGUGAUGAGCAAACAACCCAUCCACCGCGCGCCACAGAUGGCCUUGUCCGACGAAGGGUUGACGGUGAUGUGUGAUUCGGGGUAUCGCAUGGCGAAGGCGUCGCAUGGCGUGUGGGAGGGGAAGUGGUAUUAUGAGGUUUUGGUUAAUGAGCAUUCGGGACAUACGCGGAUCGGGUGGUCGCAGAUUAGCGGAGAUCUCCAGGCUCCGUGCGGGUACGACCAGUUCAGCUAUGGGUAUCGCGACGAGCCAGGGACUCUGUUCCACUGUAGUGCUAAGGUUAAGGACGCACCGUCAGAUUAUGCAAAUGGUUACGGGCCUGGUGACGUGCUCGGAAUGGCCAUCUCGUUACCGCAAUGCUCCGACAUGGCGGACCUGGUGCAACGACUCUGGAACCCAUACAAAGACUAUGUCGCUUAUCCGAGCGAGCCACCAGAACCGGUUGAUGGGAGCGAAAUCUCUUAUUAUAAGAACGGGAAGCCUUUAGGAAUCGCCUUCCGAAAACUGCUGAAAGGGAAGUACUACCCAGCCAUCUCAUCAUACCGCGGUGGCAGCGUGACUCUCAAUUUUGGACCGGAGUUCAGAUGCCCACCACCCCCAGGCUUCUCGCCUAUGUUUGAAGCGAAGUACCUUGUGUCGUGGACAGAUAUCGCGGCAGGGAUAGUGAAGUGGGAUGGGGUACAGUGGAGGGACGUGAGGAGCGAGAGUGGAGAUGCUGAUGGGGUGGCAAGUACGGAUGAUUCGACGAGCUCUGGAUCGUGGGACGGCCCGGGUUCGGAGCCGAAAGUGGGACGGGGAUAAGGCACCAGCAGGGCCUUCUGGAGUCACGGCGCCCGAGGAUAUGACAUUCCGGUCGUAAACGUCGUAAAACCCUCAUCGGCAGGAGACGUACUUUCAACACGUAGAAGGCUCCCACAGCAUCGCAGGUCUCAAACGAAAGAUUGUGGA